AUGUUGCAGGUUGAAAAUGUGAAAUUACUAGAUCGCUACACAAAUAGGAAGGCGGCAAAUGGGACGUUAUACCUGACAGCCACCCACCUUAUCUAUGUCGAUGCCUCUACUGAAGUCAGGAAAGAAACAUGGAUCCUGCACCAUCAUAUUGCAACUGUAGAAAAGCUGCCUCUGACCACAGCUGGAUACCCACUCCUCAUUCACUGCAAGAACUUCCACGUGGCUCACUUUGUUAUUGGACAGGAACGUGACUGUCAUGAAGUAUAUACCUCGUUGCUUAAACUCUCACAACCAGCAAAACCUGAAGAACUUUAUGCUUUCUCCUAUAAUCCUAAAGUGUCUAAAGAGAGCCGGGAGAUUGGAUGGAAGCUGGUUGAUUUAAAAGUAGAUUACCAGCGUAUGGGAAUUCCAAACGACUACUGGGAACUAACAGAUGUUAAUAAAGAUUAUGAGGUUUGCAACACGUAUCCUCCAGAAAUAGUGGUGCCUCGAGCUGCUAGUAAGGCAGUGGUGAUCGGGAGCUCACGGUUCAGAAGCAGAGGCCGGAUUCCGGUGCUUUCUUACUUAUUCAAAGAAAACAAUGCUGCCAUCUGCCGCUGUAGCCAGCCCCUGUCCGGGUUCAGCGCGCGCUGUCUGGAGGAUGAACAGAUGCUGCAGGCCAUCAGAGAAGCCAACCCUGGGAGCCCCUUCAUGUAUGUUGUAGACACAAGGCCAAAGUUAAAUGCCAUGGCCAACCGAGCUGCAGGGAAGGGCUAUGAGAAUGAAGAUAACUAUGAUAACAUCCGCUUUAAAUUUAUCGGCAUAGAGAACAUCCAUGUGAUGAGGAGCAGCUUGCAGAAACUGCUGGAAGUGUGUGAGAUGAAGUCCCCCUCCAUGAGUGAUUUCCUCACUGGCCUGGAGAACUCGGGUUGGUUACGGCACAUUAAGGCUGUGAUGGAUGCGGGUGUCUUUCUUGCCAAGGCUGUGAAGGAUGAGAAAGCCAGUGUGCUGGUGCACUGCUCGGACGGGUGGGACCGCACGGCGCAGGUCUGCUCCCUGGCCAGCCUCCUCUUGGAUCCUUUCUACAGGACUUUUAAAGGUUUCAUGGUUCUGAUAGAGAAGGAAUGGAUUGCAAUGGGCCACAAGUUCUCACACAGAUGUGGCCAUUUGGAUGGUGACCCCAAAGAAGUCUCCCCUGUCUUCACCCAGUUCAUUGAAUGUGUGUGGCAGCUCAUGCAGCAGUUCCCGUGCACCUUUGAGUUCAAUGAACGUUUCCUUCUUGAAAUCCAUGACCAUGUCUACUCCUGCCAGUUUGGCAACUUCCUUGGGACCUGCCAUAAGGAGCGUGAGGAUCUGAAAAUCUUUGAGAAGACCCAUUCUCUGUGGCCUUUCCUCUUACAGAAGAAGCAAGAAUUGAGAAAUCCCUUGUACAAAGGAUUUACAGCUUACAAAGAGCUUCAACCAAACACACUACCUUUCUGUUUCCAGUUUUGGUGUGGGAUGUAUAACCGCUUUGACAAAGGAAUGCAUCCAAAACAGUGUGUGUUGGAUUAUCUGCUAAGCUGCAUGAGCCAGAAGAUGAAACUGGAGGACAAUGCAUCUGAACUGGAAAAUAAACUUCCUUUCCUCGAUGGUCCUUUGCCCAGUGAAGGCUCCUCCUUGUCUAAAGUAGGACAUGCUGCUUCAAAAACACCGAUGCUCAACACUCCUCAGGGUUAUGAAGGGGAACCACCUCCUGUGCUGAGCAAUGGUGCCUCGGCAGGGGAUGUAGAUGUUCCAUCAGGUGUGGACCAAAAGCACAAAGAGAACCUGUCUCAUCACCGGGACCUCCAGGCUCUGAAUGACACCCCUGACGUGAUGGACUCUGAAGGGAAGGGUGCAAAACCUCAGCACCACUGA